UCCUUAAGCAUGGCUGACAGCCCCUGUUCGGGUUCCUGACUUCUUCCCCUCUUAUUAGAUCAAAUGACCAUUUCCCAACACGGGCAUAUUGUAUCUGGCCGCAUCUUGCUUCUACUUACUGCAUACUGACUGCAUACUGACUGCACUCUCUUCUUGUGUUGUCGUCUUUGUUGUCGCUGCCGGGCUGCGCAAUUGAGCAUUGUUAUUCAAGACCUCGUCUUCUCGAGGCUUGUUUCUGUUCUCUACGUCUCUCGACGCCCCCAUGGGCUUCUCGGCUUUGUGAUUUAACAGAGUCUCCGUUUUCCACAAUUCGAAAAUGCGAUUCGACAUCCUCGCGCUGGCCGCUCUUGCCGCUCUGGCCGGCGCCUCCACUCUCACUCCCCCAGUCCUCCCGCUGAUUGUCCGUAAUCCAUACUUGAGCACUUGGCUCGGCAAUGCCCGCGAUGCCCCUUGGGAGAACUGGCCCAUGUUCUGGACCGGCGCCCAUGUUGGCUUCUCGGUCAUGGCCUCUGUCCCGGGGGCUGGAAAGGUCUAUCCUCUGCUUGGACGUCCCCAUGACUCCCUUUCCCGCUCUCAUGACAGCUAUAACGUGUCGUAUCCGGACUACCUUGGCGCUACUUUCGACGCCUCGACCACAAACCUAACAUACGCCAUCAGCAACCCCUCGUCUGGUGCUGAUCCGCUGUCGCUGACGCUCUCCUUCCUGUCACCGGUCACGCCAUCUUCGACUCUGAGACAAUCGAUACCUGCUGCGUACUUGACUGUCCUAGUGGAAGGGUCCUUCGACAUUGACAUCUAUAUCGACGUCAAUGGAGAGUGGGUCAGCGGCAACAGAGGGAACAAGAUCACAUGGGAACUGAGCGAAAGAGAUCCCGCCGAGAAGGCGAGGGAGGACACCGAGGCGCCUAUAAAGACUUGGAAAGUCAAGCGGAUUAACGAGCAACUCCUGACCGAAAUUUCGGACCGCAGCGAAUGGGGCACCCUGCACUUCUCUGCUCCGUCUGACGUUUACCACCAAUCCGGAACAUCGGCCCUUGUUCGAAAGCAUUUCUCGAGUACCGGUUCCUUGAGGAAUGAGAUCGACAGCGAUUUCCGACCCAUCAUGGACGAAGAACCAGUCUUCGCCUACUCGAAAUCGUUCAAGCUGGCUCAGGGGACUGCCGGCAAGUCCAAGUCGACCGACAGCGUGGUGUUCACAUUUGCCUUGGUCCAGGACCCGGUCGUCCAAUUUGCAUCUGCCAGGGGCCUGACCAUGAUGAGACCGCUGUGGGCAUCAUACUUCAGCUCUGCGGAUGAGCUGGUGAGCUACCAUUAUUCCGACUUCGAGGCCGCAUCCGCUCUAGCAAGGAAUUACUCCGACACUCUUGGAGCGGACGCCUUCGAGUCUGGAUCCAAUGAUUAUCGGGACAUUGCGGCCCUAUCCGCCCGCCAGGUGCUGGGUGCGACCCAGUUCUCGGGGACCCCUGAUAAUCCCAUUCUGUUCUUGAAGGAGAUCUCGUCAAACGGCAACUUCCAGACCGUCGAUGUUAUCUUCCCGGCCUUCCCUUUCUUCCUGUACACCAACCCUAAAUGGCUGGCAUACCUUCUCGAACCUCUCCUGGAACAUCAAUUGAGCGGCCAGUAUCCGAAUGACUACAGCAUGCACGACAUCGGGUCCCAUUUCCCCAACGCGACCGGUCACCCCGACGGCAGAGACGAGUACAUGCCCGUCGAAGAGUGCGGGAAUAUGUUGAUCAUGGGCCUGGCGCUCGUAAACGCGUUCAGGUACGAUACCGAGCCUGCCUUCACAGCGGCUACUGCAGACCACCACACCCAGGAGAUACCAGCCUCGGCCCAAUGGCCCGGAUUGGUUGAUCGGUUUGGGAUCGAUCUGCCGCGAGAGGCGACCGCGAUGACCGGGCCCAAGGCCGCGGAGAGGUGGGCUGCACGAUCCUACAAGCUCUGGAAGCAAUGGACCGGAUAUCUUGUCCGGGAGUCUCUCAUCCCGCACAACCAACUCUGCACCGACGACUUCGCUGGGUGGCUGGCAAACCAGACGAACCUUGCCCUCAAAGGCAUCAUCGGCAUCAAGGCUAUGAGCGAGAUCGCCGAUCUGGUCGGGGAGGCGGACGAUGCGGCGCACUACAAGAAAGUAUCGGAUGCGUAUAUCGAGAAGUGGCAAGAGUACGGCAUCUCCAGGGAUAAGACCCAUGCCAAGCUGGCGUAUACCUGGUACGGCUCCUGGACGACCAUCUACAACCUAUACGCAGACUCGCUUCUCUGCUUCCACAUUCCGGAAGACUCCAGGGGUAGCGCGUCCAAGGCGUCAGGGUGGUCUGGCCAAAAGCCCAUCGGAGGCGGAUCCAAGCCGAGCACGUUCAUCCCCGACGAAGUGUAUAAGAUGCAGAGCGACUGGUACCACGCCGUACUUCAGCAUUACGGCCUGCCUCUGGACUCGAGACACCUGUACACGAAGAGCGAUUGGGAGUUCUUUGCCGCCGCCGUGACGAGCAGGAAGACGAGAACAGAGAUCCUCAACAGCAUUGCCGUGUGGGUCAACGAGACGGUCACCGACCGCCCAUUUACCGACCUAUACGAUACAGAAGGUAAGGGAGGCUUCCCCGGUCCGAGGUUCAUGGCCCGCCCCGUGGUAGGGGGCCACUUCGCCUUUCUAGCCCUAGAGCGGGCCUGCGGGGGCAAGGCGGUCGAUGCGCUCAAGUUCCUGGAUGAGCAGCCGCGGGCGGAGAUCGAUGUCAAUAAGGCCUUGCUUUCCGAUAUGUCUUGGGGCUAUGGCAGGGAGGCGGAUGAGGAGCCAUCGAUGGACGACCUAUGAGGCUUUGGCCAAUAUUGGAUAUGCGUAUAUGCGUAACUGUGUGUUUAUGCAUACACCGUGAAGAUAUAGGUACAGUGACGUACUCCAAUUUGUGUGCCUCCUCGAAAGUCGAGGCAUGUGGAGUGGAGUGGAGAAUUCGACACAGCAGAUGGUUCAGCUCCUGGGAAUUAAUUCACUUUGAUGCACGGAGAAGGCCGGUACAGAGGUAACUCGUCCGAAAUAGGUUUAGCUUAUCUCGCUUAUGGUCCAGCCCAGCAUGGGGAAAUAAAAGCAGGCCAGCCACAGCCUAGUCCACUUUUUUCUCCAACCAA